AUGGAACCUUUCAGUAUCGACGGACUAACAGUCCGGCCCAUUCUAGGCACUGGAUUUGGCGCAGAGAUUGAAGGCGUUGACUGGACUCGAGUGCCAUUGUCAGAGAAGGAUAUUCAAAAUCUGGUUUCCCUCCAAAACAGGUUUGGAGUGCUCAUUUUCCGGAACACUGGCCUUGACAAUGACCGCCACGUCAAGUUUGCCGCACAACUAGGAGAACUCGAGAUGAACCCUACUUAG